AUGGUUGGAGCGCGUGCAGCUAUGGCUUUCAUGAUGCUGUCCUACCUGCCCAUGGCAGCUGCCUUUCGCGGGCAGGGCCAUUUGCAGACAGAGCUGGCUAUGAACCAGAGUACUCCAAAUUUGGGUCUUGGCAUUCAAGCAGUAUCAAAGUACGCCGGGGGAAACUGCCAGUUCAUGCCAGCCUUUGAUGUGGCAGCCUUCUUGGUUGAAGAGGCCCCGGCCGCAGCAAAGGGUGUGGGGAUGCUCGCCAAGCCUGCAGUGACUGCGGUGCAAGUGGCCACAAAGGCCGUAGCAGCCACCAAGAUGGUGCCGGGAGCGGCCGCCGUUGCCGACGUCGUGAACAGGGGCGCAAAGGCUGCUGGCGUGGCCGGUGCUGUGGCGAAGGGUGCUGGUGCAGCAAAUGUUGUUGCCAAGGGCACCAAGACGUUGACACUGGCGUCCAAGGCUGGCUUGCUUGGCAAAGUGGUCGGCGGUGCACUAUCACUCAGCAAUCCCAUCGGGAUAGCUUGGACAGCCUUCCAAGUUGGCACGACUGCGUACCAACUCUAUGAACUGCAGAAGGUAUUAAAAGAUCCUAGCCAGCUUUGCGCGAUCCUGUCUGAUUGGGUCCCUCCAUAUGACCACGCGCUCUGCCUCAAGAACCAGGGGAUUUCGAAGCCUCACAUCCCGCUGCCGGAGCUCCCAAGCCCGCCAGCCCAACUUGCGGCAGCUAAGAUUGACAAGAGGGUUGUCUUGGCGGCAGCAGCUGUCUUGAUGGCAUCUUCAGGCGGUUUGGCUCUUUGGCACCGGUCGCUCCACUCGGUGGCCUACGACCAGACAAUCUGCCCCAGGGACAUGUGGCUGGAAGAUCCCACUCUCGUGGAUUGGUACUCCGACACCGACAGCUCAGACAGCUCAGACAGCGAAUCUUCCAGCGGAUCCCUCGCAGACGAGGAGGAGGAUCAGCUGGGCUUUCCAAGCGCGCCAAUGCCAAGGUGCAACGGCUUGAGGUGGGUCUCUGUGCCAACGUCGUGUCAGGCAUCAGACCUUUCCUGUCAGCAUAGGAGCUGCCAGCAAGCCUGCUGUGACGACAAGAACUGCUCCCUUUACCAGUUUGAUGAGUCUUCGCUGGGCAAGUGCUGGCUUGGGCAAGCCUCCUUGUUCACAUCGCAGAAGUGCGAGCAGUGGGUGGGCAAGCUUAAGGUUGAUGAAAACUUUCAGGAGGACCCGAGGCUUUAUCAGCAAGUGAUGGGCUUGAAGAAGCAGCCGGCGGAUGCCUUGGAGGAGGCAAAGCUAAAGAGUUGUGGCAGGCGCCAAGUGAGUGAUGAGGCCUGCGCUGCCUUGAUUUGCGAGGAUCUUUGCCGCGAGAAGGCGGCUUGCCAGUUCUAUCAACUUCGUGCCGGGCAUCAGGAGUGCUGGCUCGGAACUUCCGAACUUCCCACAGGUUCACCAUCCAAGGUGACUUGGCAUGGAGGGCUCUUGGAUGCGCAGAGCUCCCCGAAAGAAAAGGGAUGCGAGGAUGGUUUCUUCUGCCCAGCCACACAGGCUUGUGUCGAGGAUUGCAAGGCCUGCAGUGGCUUCACAUCCAGCGCAGAGGGACGUUGCCGACGGACCUCAGAGGAGGGCAUUUGCGACCCAAACAGCUGGCAAGACAAGCUUGGUGGCACUGCCCUGAACAGUACACAGUGUAAAGGUCUUGAGCGCGUGGUGGUAAAGAUGUCAGAAGAGACCGGCUUUAAUGGCCAUGCCAUUUGUCAAGAGGCCUGUUGCUCAGACCCAGCCUGUGUGAUGUACCAGGUCCGCAGCAAGGCUGCGCAAGAGGUGAAACGGAAGGCUGGCGACACAGUCCAUUGCUGGCUGGGACUUGUGGAUUCUUCGCUGAAUCAUCUUUUCAAGUGCGGAGGUGGAGGCUGGGUUGGUGAUCGCAGGUCCUGGGAGGGUGGCUUCCUUUCCUCUCGUGGCUGCCCAUCCAGUGCUGGCGCCGCUUGCCUGAUGACCGGGGAGUGCGUCCAGAGCUGCGCUUCGCAGUGCCCGGGGGCCGAGGCGUUUGACGCCGACAGCAAUGCUUGUGUUGCUUCAGCACCUUCAGACGAGAAGGAGGCCAUACCUGUGGUGGCCACCAGCGACGACAGCUCCUCCAGCUACUACAUCUCCACAACGGACGAAGCCGCAGCCGACACAUUGCUCAUGGUGACUCAGAACAAGCACCGCCUCAUUGAGACGGUUUCUGACGACGUGUGCCAGACCUUGUCUUUCGGGGCCAAGGAAUGUAAGGCUCUCUCCGAGGAUGGCCGGACGUCAUGCAGUUGCAGCUACCCUGCGGCCCAGACCUGCAGCACUUGGUUCAAAGAUGGCUUCCACCUGAGGCCUGUCAUCUCUGAGGCUGGCAUGCUCUUGCUUGCAGGGGAAGGCUGUGACUGCUUCGACGAAGCCGAAAGUGCCGGGGACUUCGUUUGUCACUUCGAGAACCUGCAGGAGCUCCCGUUGAUCAAAACAAGUGCUGAUGCUGAGACAGCUUUGAGGAUCCCCUAG